AUGGAAAAUCAUGAUAUGAAUCUCUCCUUGACAUCUCUUUCUACAUCAACUGCGUCAUCAUCGUCAUCAUCUACAACCACUUCUUGGUUCUCCGGCAUUGUGCGCGGCCGCUCAGCCAGCUACAAGAUGGCCAGUAAAUCCUCCUUAGCCGCCACUGGAGACAUCCUCGGUGGUGGAGGUGGACCCAUUAACAAGAAACACCAGUUCCGAGGUGUCAUGUUCAAGUACGGCCCCAAGCCAAUCCAGGUUGCAUUUAAGAUGGGUGAUUAUAAACAGCAAGUUAUUUUUAUUGGUGGACUGACAGAUGGAUUUUUGGCAACUGAAUAUUUGGAGCCUUUGGCAAUUGCUUUGGAGAAAGAACGCUGGUCACUAGUUCAAUUUCUGUUUUCAUCAUCGUACAGUGGAUAUGGCGUCUCAAGCUUGAAACAAGAUGCCUUAGAGCUGGAUCAAUUGAUAAGUUACUUGAUAAACAAGGAAGAUUCUGAAGGCGUGGUACUACUUGGACACAGUACUGGCUGCCAGGAUAUCGUAUAUUACAUGCGUACCAAUGCAACAUGUUCGAGAGCAGUGCGUGCUGCCAUUUUGCAGGCUCCAGUGAGUGACCGGGAAUUCAAAGCCACUCUCCCGGAAACUGCUUCCAUGAUUGAUUUAGCUUCAAAGAUGAUUGGUGAAGGUCGAGGAUCAGAAUUGAUGCCUCGGGAAGCCAAUCCAGAUUCCCCAAUAACGGCCUAUAGAUAUCAUUCUCUUUGUGCAUAUAAUGGUGAUGACGACAUGUUCAGUUCUGACUUUAGUGAAGACCAGUUGAAACAGAGACUUGGACACAUGUCCAAUAGACCUUGCCUGGUGAUGUUCUCGAUGGCUGAUGAAUAUGUACCAGAUUACGUGGACAAGAAAGCAUUGGUCCAUAGAUUGUGCAGAGCAAUGGGGGGUGCAGAAAAAGCUGAAAUCGAAUAUGGAAAUCAUUCUCUAUCUAAUAGAGCUGAGGAAGCUGUCCAGGCAAUAAUCGAAUUUCACAUAAACAACCUAAAGAACCAGCUUUGGGGAAUUAACUUGAGGCCUCGCUUGUCAUUGAAACAAGCUUUACUAGAGGACCCAGAAGAGGAGUGUAGACCUUGGCGCAAGAGAUUUUCAUUUUUCUCCCCGAAGUCAAUAAAAAUGGGUUUCAAAUUUAGUUGGGUUUCUUUUUUCAAAAUCACCCUUCUUUUACUUCUCAUCGCGGGCAUUGCCACCGCUUGCCUCACUCUGCCUGUCGAAAAAAUUCUGAAGGAUUUCUUAGCAUGGAUUGAGCAUGAUCUCGGUCCUUGGGGUCCUCUUGUGCUAGCUGUUGCAUACAUUCCCCUAACUGUAUUGGCAGUUCCUGCUUCAGUACUUACGCUUGGUGGUGGUUACCUCUUUGGUUUGCCAGUGGGUUUUUUUGCUGAUUCCAUUGGUGCUGCCAUUGGUGCUGGGGCUGCAUUUCUUCUUGGUAGAACAAUUGGGAGGUCAUUUGUUAUUUCCAAGUUAAGAGACUAUCCGCAGUUCCGGGCAGUUGCAGUUGCAAUUCAGAGAUCUGGAUUUAAGAUAGUGUUGCUGCUCCGGCUCGUUCCUUUACUUCCAUUUAACAUGUUGAACUACCUCUUAUCCGUGACUCCAGUCCCAAUAGGGCAAUACAUGCUAGCUUCAUGGUUGGGAAUGAUGCCAAUUACUCUUGCCUUGGUAUAUGUUGGGACAACUUUGAAGGAUCUUUCUGAUGUAACGCAUGGAUGGAAUGAAUUCUCCAAAACCCGUUGGGCAUUUAUUGUGUUGGGCCUUGUGAUAUCUGUUGUAUUAAUGAUUUGUGUUACUAGAGUUGCGAAAGCUGCUUUAGACAAAGCUUUGGCUGAAAAUGCGGAUGUAGAUGGUGAUAUCGCAUCACCACAAUUACCCAUUGUGGCUGAUCCUGAUGUAAAUCUUCACCAACCGCUUAUAAUCAAGAUCGACCCCCCUCAAGACAGUCAUGAAAAGUAG